AUGGAUCUCCCUUGCAUUCAACUGGAAGGUCCGCUGGAUGGAAAUCGCCUUUUCAAAUGCAAAUUCCGGGGCAAGGGCCCGUUUGCACUGAAGAAAAUUGAAUCGACAGCAAAAGACUGGAAGAGUCUCGUAGGCUUGAGAAAUGAGAAUGUCGUUUGUUAUCACCACUGUGACGUCAGAGAUUCUAUCAGCUACCUUGUAAUGGAUCUGUGCUGGGCAUCAAUGCUGGACUUUUGCCUGGGGAGACUACUCGAUGUUUCAGAUGUGGAAAUCGGCCGGAUGAUGGCAGAAACAGCCCAUGGUUUACAUUUCCUUCACCAGAGCAACAUUGUUCACGGCCGCCUGGGACUUGAUCAGGUUCUUUUGUGGAGGAAACGUCCGAAUUUGAAACCGAUUGCCAAAAUAUCCGGAUACUAUCCUCAUCAAAACCAGCCCCGGAUCGAGGACGAUCUCGAGGCCCUUGGGCGCAUUUUCUACUCCAUGGCCGCCAACGACGUCAAUCCGCCCAAGAAACUUCCCGUGUCGUCGAGGCAACUGUCACUGAUCAGUUUCAACCAACGGACGUCGGCGUCUGAAAUGAUUAAUCUGCUCCUGAUGGAUUCCAGUGAUUCGAAACCAACUUCUGUCGAAGCCCUACUCCUCGGCCAGUCCUUUUUCCAGACUUCCUCAUCAGCUCGGGAUCGUUUAAGGGACGUAAAGGAACUAGACGACUUCAAAAAAUUUGUCGAAGAGGAUUUUAAGGACGACGAUAUCAACGGCUUGAAAGAAAUGAUAACCGAAUCACUGGCUACUGACGAAGACAUUGGGGAGUUCGUGUCAAAAGCGUUCCAUAAAUACCCUGAACUAUUUGCGUUAUUUAUUUGGGAUUUGUCAUCAUUCCCGCCACUUGAAAAAGCAAAAUUCGUCGAACGCCCGCCACCGAGUAAACUAGGCGGUGGAUCCGCCGGAAUGGUGUUGGCAGGCAGAUGGAUCAGAGAAAAUGGAGAAGAAUCGCCCGUCGCCUGUAAAAGAUUUUACAGGCACAAUAACGGAAACGAAAAAUUUUAUAAAGAAUAUAAAACCCUCCGACAACUGGACCAUUUAUUCGUUAUCAAAUGUUUUGGGGCGUGCGAAAUCGAAUUUGACAUGUGCAUCCUCGUGGAGCUGUGUGAAGGGACUUUGCAAAAUUAUAUCCUAGGAGAGUUAAAGAGCAUCCCGAAAAACUCCCUGGACGAUAGAAACAUUUUGGGCCAAGUGACUCUCGGCCUGGCCUACAUUCACAGCAAGGAAAUUAUUCACAAGGACUUGAAGCCGUCAAAUAUUUUGCUGUGGCGAUCAAGUGUUAUAAAAACGCUCGUUUUGGUCAAACUGGCCGAUUUCGAUUUUGCUAAGCAGUCGAAGACGAGCAGAGGCGACUUCAGCGCGACUUACCGGCCGGGAACGGAAGGCUACAUGGCGCCGGAAUUACUGAAGGGAAUGUCACAGAAUAAAGGCCAGCAGAUGAGAAAAGUGUUGGCUACCGUCCACAGUGACGCUUACUCUCUGGGAAUCACGAUUGGCUUCACGGUUUUGAAAGGACAACAUCCAUUUGGAAAUCAGCAAAUGAUACGGGGCCGAGUCAUGGAAAGCGGAGCGGAACCUGUUCUUCUAGGCAAUUUGGAUUGGGACGUGACGGAUUUGAUUCUGCGAUUGACCAGAGAAAAUCCAGAAGAGAGGCCUAAUAUUUCCUUACUAAUUUAUCACCCAUAUUUCGUACUGGCCAAUGAGAAAAGCCGGGCUCACUUUGCGGAUAAAAUAGAUGAUUAUUUCAAUCUUUUUCAAUCGCCGUACGAAGCGCGAAUGACGUACGUCAACGAAGUAAAAAUUCAGGAAUGGAUGCAAAUUAUUACAAGCCAGACGGAAAGAGAAACCAAUCCUGAUGUGAAAAAGUGGCUUGAGCAAAUGUCAGAAUUUAUGUCUCAGGAAACGCGACUCCAUUUGGAUAACUCGAAGGGAUAUUACGAGAAAAUUAAAAAGGAAAUUCAAAGAGAUAACGAGAAUGACAUCAAUAAAAGAUUUUACAACGACACGUCAAAAUCAAAAUCAAUGAUGGAUUACUUCAGAGAUUGGCCACUGUGGACAAGGAAAUUGAUUCAAUCGGGACCCAGAUUUUCUGUUUUGUACUUCUGGUGUUUAUUGAAUGACAGAAAUGAGGAUUCCCCUACACCUACACGCCCUCACGUGUCAAUCCAAAUUAUGAAUAAUUAUUUGCGAGAGAAAAAUAAGGUCCAACUGCCAGAUAUGUUUCGUGUUGCAGAUAUUCUCAAGAUUGAAGAGCAUGUUCACGCCUGCCUACAUCUGAAAUCCCAAGAAGAAAUAAAGGAUGUCUGGAACCAUAAGAGAGCUGGACUACUUGCUGCAGGCAUUAUUAGCGAUGGACAAAUUCAUCGUUGGUUGAGAGAGCUGCCCUGUUAUGCCACUCCGCCUUCAAUAAUCAAAAACCUGGUCCACAGAGUGGAGAAUAUUAAUUCGUAUCACGAAGAUAAAACGACAGUGUUGCACUGGGUUUUGACGAAUCGAUGGGAGAAAAUUGACGUCUCGAUUGUGGUGGAACUUUUACGAAGGAAGGCCAAUCCCAACAUGGGCGACAAACAAGGAACGACGCCUGUACAUUAUGCGGCCAAAAACGAAUCGAGUGAGGGACCAACAAUCUUAAAAUUUCUCCUGGAAAACGGCGGCGAUCCUAACCAAGCGAACGGACCUAAACGGAAACGAACGCCGCUACAUUACGCAGCCAUGAACGAAUCCAGUUAUGCCCCGAGCAUCGUAAAUAUCCUCUUAGCCUUUGACGCGAACGUGAAAGUGAAUGUCUUAGAUUGGCAUGGAUUCACACCUCUUCAUUAUGCAGCAAGGAGCACAUCGAGCGAAGCACCUGACAUCUUAAAAUCUCUUGUCAAAAGUGGGGGUGAUCCUAACAAGACAUUGUCACGAAACACCAUUGAGCCACCCUUUAGAAGGACUCCUGUUCACAUUGCAACAUUGAACGAAUCAGAAUCAGGAAUGAAAAUGUUGAAAACUCUCCUGAAAAAUGGUGGCAAUCCUGGCAAUCCAAAUUUGUUUGAUUGUUAUAGAGAAACUUCAGUUCAUCUCGCAGCCCAAAGUGAAUCCAACUUUGGACCCGACAUAAUGAAAACUCUUCUAGAAAACAAGGGAAAUCUGAAUCUAGCAACUCAUAUGAGUAAGUUACCGAUUCAUUUUGCGGCCGAGAAUACGUCUUCUUCAGGACCGAGCAUUAUGGAAAUUAUUCUAAAAUGUGAUGGAGAUCCCAAUAUUGCAUGGCAUGAUGGGGUACUGCUGUUCAUACUACAGUGCUAAAUGAAUCCGAGGCAGGA